GGCGAGCGGACGCUGGGCGGGCUGCAGACGAGGUCGGGCGCAAGGCUUGAGAUCAGACCGAGAGCUCGCGCUCUUCCUCUUGAGCUAAGUUUCUCAUGAAAUGGGACGGGCGAGCAAGCGUCCUGGCGCCCAACUCGGUUCUGCACAGCGCGGAAUUUGAAAAAAAAAAAAAAAAUCAGGUUUAACUCCAGGCCCGGGACCGUCUCUGAACGUGCGGCGAGCGGGGGGCGUGGGAGCUGAGGGGUUCGCGGCCUUUGUGUGGCGGCUUCGCUCAUCUACCCCCUUCCCUUGCCUUUGUGCGCUCAAACUCUGGUCUUUGUUGUGGUUGUCGGAGGAGAAUUAAAUCCGCGCUUGGGUUGGGAUCUCCUAGAGGGAGCUCAAGUUCCCGGCCUGGAACUUUGCAGGCUAUUUUAAAUAUGUAUACAAUGCAGCGUGCGGGACGGGGCGCGGGGGCGGCUUCCUCCGUGUCUUUGUUGGCUUCUCGCUGGCUGCUAUGGGCUUUGUGCUUGUGGAGGACGACGGGUUCAAGAGCAUAUCUUUAUUGGUUGAUAAAGCCUUGCAGAUGUCUCGGCGUCCUGGUACCUUUGGGUGCAGGGCCAGGCCGGCGGGAGCCGUGCUCUCUUGGCCCCAAGGCUGGGCUGCUGUACCCGCUCUGGAGCCGGGGUGGUGGCCGCACCUACUUAUCCAGUCACUCCUCCCUCCCAGGCCUGGAGGGAUGCUAAAUCCACCUCACCUGAGGCUUUUUGACUUUUCAGGUGAUACAGAUUGGGCUUGGGGCUGACUCCACCCAUGCUACCUUAAAGGAGGGCCUUUCGUUGCAGGGUGUUUCUGUGGCCUGGGACUGGUUAGUACCAACAAGUCCUGCUCCAUGCCACCCAUCAGUUUCCAGGACCUGCCUCUCAACAUCUACAUGGUCAUCUUCGGCACAGGCAUCUUCGUCUUCAUGCUCAGCCUCAUCUUCUGCUGCUAUUUUAUCAGCAAACUCCGGAACCAGGCCCAGAGUGAGCGAUACGGCUAUAAGGAGGUGGUGCUUAAAGGAGAUGCGAAGAAGUUGCAGUUAUAUGGGCAGACCUGUGCAGUCUGUCUGGAAGACUUCAAGGGCAAGGAUGAGCUCGGUGUGCUCCCGUGCCAACAUGCCUUUCACCGGAAGUGUCUGGUGAAGUGGUUGGAAGUACGCUGUGUCUGCCCGAUGUGUAACAAGCCCAUCGCCGGGCCCUCCGAAGCCACUCAGAGCAUCGGGAUCCUGUUGGAUGAGCUGGUGUGAGUGUUGGCCUCUGCACCAAGACCUGGAGAAGACCCGUUGCCUCCCGGGUGCCUGGUCCCUCUGCACAGCUGCUGUGAACAAGACUGCUGGGUGGGGACUGACCUGCUUCUCUGAAGGGGCGCUAAUGCAGGCUGGUCCCCCACCGUCAGGGUGAGACCAGAGUUGCCCCACCUUUCGGCCUCCUGAAGCCGCCUUCCCUGCUGCUCGGAACUAAUGGCGUCACCCAUAAAGGACACUGUAUCCUGAUACUGGAUCGUCUCCCUGCCUGUCCCUGCUGGGGAAAAAGCCGUCCAUCCUUACCUGGCUCAGCACUUGGCCUUCACCCCCUGGGGGUUCCCCUUAGGAGGACAGGCUGCCCUGACCUCAGAGGAGGGAUACGAUGGGCCGUGCCCCACCUGGAACCUCCCUCCCCUCUUUACCCUUGCCUAGGAAGGUGUGGAGGGGAGGAAGGCGCGAUCAAGGAACCAAGUGCCUCCAACGGAAGGGGAGGGAGGCUCUGCAGGAAGUCAGGAAGAGCAGGGACAUAGAAAAAUGAAAGUCAAUGUUUACAUGGGGCCUGUGGAGAUCAAGGCUGGCCCGCAGGCCCGCUGACUGCGGGGUAACGGAGGGCAGGGGCCUUCCCCCUGCUGGGAUCUGUGGUGCUAUCCGUUCACUCUCUUCCUCGGUUAAUCUCAGAGCUUCCGAUUCCGUGUUGGGGUUUGAGUGCCCCUCGAGAGGAAGGGCUUGUUCUACACUCAGAUGAAUUUGCAGGGGCUUUUUCUAAAGGAGCAAAAGGGGCCUGGGGCUGGGGGUGUCCGAAGGUUAAUCAAGGUAGCGGCAGGUACCUUCUUCCCCUCUGUAAAUAGGAUUUUUAUACUUCCUCCUCACCAUCUCAGGCUUUAUACAUGGAACCCCUGAAUGGAGGGGGUGGGGUUUUCUCUCCCCCACCCCGGAGUAGGUGAGGGUGGGACAAAGGUGUGUAUUUAAAGAAAAUUAAAUUUAAUAACAAGUUCUCUAACUUUCUGCCUGUGGUUGCGGCCUGUGUCUCUUGGCCCUUUUCUGCCAGCAAAGGAAGUUCUCUUACUGCUGCUUCUCACUUCCCCGUACUCAGAACUCAUGCCCAGAGGUUCCCAAAUCUUAAAAAAAUGGAAAUCGGGUUACUACCUGUAUGCCAUAGGACUAAUAUCCGUGUACUUUAAGUCCUGAUUAAAAAUAUUCUAGAAAUCAGCUGAAUGAGCCUGGCUUCAAGAAAGGGGUGAUGUAUGCCACCGUGACGUGUGUUUGAAUGCCAAGAUCAGUAAGACUUGAAAUUAAUAAAAUCCGACAUGAAAUUCA